UAAUCAUCUUCUUUUCUUCUUCGUUUCGUUUCCAAGGCAGCAAAAGCCACCGCAGGUAUCCUCCAUUUCCAUUUGGGUUCAAACGUCGUCAUAAUGAGCAACGAAUACGAUUAUCUGUUCAAGCUUCUGCUAAUCGGGGACUCCUCGGUUGGAAAGUCUUGCCUGCUUCUCAGAUUUGCCGAUGACUCGUACGUGGACAGCUACAUCAGUACCAUUGGAGUUGAUUUUAAAAUCAGAACUGUGGAGCUGGAAGGGAAAACAAUCAAAUUGCAGAUUUGGGAUACUGCUGGACAGGAGCGAUUCAGGACUAUAACGAGCAGUUAUUAUAGAGGAGCACAUGGAAUAAUUAUUGUAUAUGAUGUAACUGAGCAGGAAAGCUUCAACAAUGUCAAGCAAUGGUUAAAUGAAAUUGAUAGAUAUGCUAAUGACAGUGUGUGCAAGCUUCUUGUUGGGAACAAAUGUGAUCUAAUUGAUAACAAAGUCGUUGAUACACAAACAGCAAAGGCAUUUGCUGAUGAACUUGGUAUCCCUUUCCUUGAGACAAGUGCCAAAGACUCAAUCAAUGUUGAGCAGGCUUUCUUAACCAUGGCAGCUGAGAUUAAGAACAAGAUGGGAAACCAGCCAAGUGUUGGCAGGUCAACAGAAACCGUUCAAAUGAAAGGGCAACCAAUCCAGCAGAAGGGAAACUGUUGUAGUUAGGCAGUAAUUUAGUGUUCAAUUUCUUCUUUCUUCUACUGCUAUUAAUAUGGCAAGACACUCUGUUCCUUUACUCUGUUAUAUUGUGGAACUUUUCAGAAGCUGAUAAAUAUAUUAUAUUUAAGUCUUUUGGAAA